CGGCUCUACUUCGUUGGCGAGUGAGUAGAGAGGAGUACCGUAAAGAGGGGAGUAAAGCACAUUUCUAUUGUACAUGUUUUCCCUUUAAUGAACAGUACGUUAUAUAAUGUCCGAGAAUGUCCAUUUCUGGAACUCUAAGCAACUACUAUGUCGAUUCUAUCAUAAGUCAUGAGGGAGAAGAUCCGAACGCGUCCCGCUUCUCCAAUGUACAGUACUCCAGCGCUAGACAACCGGGACCCGGCGAGCAUCCCGAGUUCCCCUCUUGUAGCUUCCAGCCCAAGCCUCCAGUUUUCAGUUCGUCAUGGAGUCCAUUCAGUUCCCACGCGUCCAAUGGCUUACCCGCGAUCUACCAUCCGUACAUAACGACGCAGCCAGUGCCUUCAACGGAUACUCGAUACCUCCGCACAUGGCUCGACUGUGCUCCGAGAGCAGAGCCUCUGUCUGGGCAAGGACAGGUCAAGAUGGAGCCGCUCCUGGGACAUCUCGGGGAACCACCGAAACUAGUUGGGCAGCAUGAGUAUAUCCUGGAGUCCUCUACAGCACGAGAGAUUAAUUCUAGUCACAGCGCCGGGUUUGAAGACAAUAAGGACAUAUGCGAAGGCAGCGAGGACAAAGAGGGACCGGAUCAAAACGACCCAUCUGCAAACUGGUUACACGCUCGAUCAUCCCGGAAGAAGCGAUGUCCAUACACGAAAUAUCAGACCUUGGAGCUGGAGAAGGAAUUUCUGUUCAAUAUGUACCUCACCCGAGACCGGAGACACGAGGUAGCUCGUCUGCUGAACUUGACAGAGCGACAAGUAAAAAUAUGGUUCCAAAACAGAAGGAUGAAAAUGAAGAAAAUGAAUAAGGACCAGCCCAAAGAAUAAUAACGCAGACUGGUGCCAGGCGUUCAAGCCUUUUACAAAGAGUCUUUUAAAUCUGGAAGCCGAUGCAAGAAGGUUUUACUGCAUCAAAAAGAAAACGCACACACGCACUCACAAACCAUUUCCCGCAUGACUGGACAGUGUAAAGCAUACAGAGUAUAAGGAAGAGGUGAGAUGAUGCAGAGGAGGGGGAAAACGUCGUGCCUUCUCUCCCUUCUUUUAUUGCAUUUUAUGACUUGUGCGAAAGAAACACUUCAUCUGGAAAUAAACAGGUGAUAAGGAACUGUUUCAACAG